CCACAGCAGCUUCUCAUCAUCACUGCAACUGCCAAACCCAUGCCCUCCCCCACCACUCCCCACCACCCCCUCCUCAAAGCCGACGAGAUCGAGACCGCCCCCUGGCGUACACUCGCCCAUUCGUUGAAGCCUGAAGCUGUACGAACUCAGUUUUCCAUGUCUGAUGCUGUCGGCAUGAAGAACAUUGCCGUCCACAAAAGCAGACUUGAACCAGGCAAAGAAUCAUGCCUCAACCACUACCACCUGAACGACUCUGAAUGGAUAUACAUCCUCUCCGGCACCGGUACCCUCAUUCUCAUCGACGCCUCCCCCUCCCUCCUGUCCCAACACUCCCUCCCGCCCGGCGUCUCCCUCUCCGGCCCCAUCCCCCCACCUCCAAAGCCUGAGGAUAUGCACAGGGAAGAACGGGCGGUAGGCCCGGGGGACUUUGUGGGUUUUGAAGGUGGGGGAGGGGCGGCGAGGUAUUCGCAUUCGAUGAUUGCCGGGCCGGGGGGGUUGGAGUACCUUCUUGGCGGGGUGAAGACUAGUCCGAACGUUUGUGCUUAUCCCGAGAUUGGGAGGACGUUGGUUUUUGAGCGGGGGGAGGGGCCGGAAGGGCCUAAGCUUGAGAGGAGUGUUAUCAGGGAGCAUCGGGGGUAGCGAAUGACUGCAUUGGGGUCGCAGAAGAAUGAGGAGGGACCGUAGGAUGGUAUUGGUUGUAUUGAUUUAUAGGAUGGUGAUCCUGGCGGAGGACGCGGAUGGCCGAGGUUCAAGAUCCAGCCGGGUCACCUCUCAAACCGCCCCAUGCAAUUCUCAUCGCAACCCCGCCCUAUCUUCCCUUCCCCCACUUCGUCAC